CGCGUUCGUCGUAUAUAUACGUAGUAGCAUGCAUCUGUCGUCUAUUAUUGCGCAGCAAAGUGCGCUCGAGUUAACGCGAGUCCACUCGAUUUGGCCGAGGCGAUCAUCGUACGCCUUCUACGCGGGGUGAGAUAGAAAAAGAAAGACAUAGCACGAGUAACGCGUGCUAGUCGCGCUUACAUAUGUACGCGGUGACGAUGCGUACGACGUACAAACCCGUUCAUAAAUUAGGACACUCACAGAAAAUGAGGCUAUUCUCAUCGUUGUCGAACGAUUAGAAAACUAUCCGAGUAUUUUACAUAAUUUCGCCUUUACAUAAUUCGACGAGUAUUAAUUAUUGAAAUUUUACGAUUCACAGGCUGCAAAUUAUUAGUAUCAGUAAUAAUUACCUUUACGUAACAUUAACGAGUUUAAUAACAAGGCAAAUGGAAUUUUAAAAGUAUAUUUUACAAAUUACAGAUCGGAUAUUUAUCUUAUUUCAUUUAAAAUUCUGUACACACACACACACACACACACACACAUAAAAGGGAAGUUUAUAAUUUGCAUACAUUUGUAGCUUGUUAAUUAACUAAUGUUAUUAAUUGGUAAAUUAUGACCAUAAUUUAGGAAAUACUGUAAUCUCUACAUCACUGUAAUUCUUUUAAAUAAUAUUAACAAAUGUCGCUUAUUACACAAUGGCCAUAUAAGAUCACAUCCUUGAUGAAUAUGAAAUUGUAAUCGAUUAACCAACACGAGAAUGUAUAUGGCAUACAGCGUUACAGGACGUACCGAGCAUCCGGCGUUUCUUCGCACGCUCGCUGCGUCGUGUUCUCGCGUUCACAAACGGUAGACUCGUGUUGGUUCCACCCACGCCGCGCUUAGAGCCGUACGAUAGAAAUCUAGAUCAGCCGUGGAAAACACCAGACGUUCUACAUUUUCUCGAGGCACGCGUGUUUAUCGUUCGUGCGAUCGUCCAACACCGGAACAAAACGCGACUUUUCUUCACCUUUUCUUUACUUUCCUUUUUUAUACUUUACCCUUUCGUCCGAUAACCAUGAAUCGCUGUCCAUUCUUCGCGAAACAAUUAACCUGUUCGUUCUGCUCGUAGUUAUCGAUUAUCGAUGCCUCGACGGCGUAUGACGUUUCCUCCGUUAUUAAUAUCGUCCGACGGAAAAGAGGAUCGCUAGAGACAGAGAGGAACAGAGAAACGGGAUGCUACGACGAGUAGGAAAUCGGAUAUUAAUUGAUGGGAAUAUCGGCGAAGAAACAGGAUACGAAGAGGAUUCGCAUAUGUCGGCGAAAGUGUUAAGCAGCGGAGGUUGAAAGUGUUCUCACAAAGGAGAGAGAAAAUCGACUGUGUACUGUGAGACGAGUGGCAAGGUCCUGUGGUUUGAUUCGUUAAACUCAACUUGGAUCGAAGUCGAAAUCGAUGGCGCCAUUCAACCUACCUAGUCAUCGAUGUUAUUUCUUCAUCGGAAGGGACUGAUAUUCGGCUCAUCCUCGAUACAGGAUUGAGCCCGAACAACUGUACAACAGCGCGAGGAGAGAUGUCUCUUCUACCAUCGACCGCAGGAAUCUCCAAUUGGUCCUGAGUCUCGUCGAUCUUCCUCGAAUCUUCAUCCACCGCAUCUUCGAUUCUUCUUCGAGUAAGAAAAAAAAUAAAGAAACACGUUCAUCGAGAAAUCUUCAAGAAGAACCAGAAGACUGGAUCGAGUUCGAGGAAGAUGAACGACAAGAUAGCGAGAGAGAGAGCCGUUUGAGUCAGUGUAGGCGAAAGACAGCAGAGAAGAAUAUCGAAUCCUGUUCUUCGAAUGUUCGUCUUCGAAGUGACGAUUAUCCGGAAAAUUUUUUGUCCAUCAUCUGCGAGAAAUCCAAACAUGGAGCCGUUAACGUGGUGCACGCGCAGGCUCGGUGGUAGCGUAGCGGCGUCCGAGGAGUCGACGAUCGCCGUGACUCUCGCGAAGGUUGCCGCCACGACCUCCUCCCGUCUCUCGACCAACGCUAACCCUGUCAACGAUUGUUCUUCCACCACGACCUGGAUCUGCGAAACCACCUGCCGUCUGACUGACACUAGCGAAGAUGCGAACAGUGUCCUCCGUCAUUGUCACUGUUGGUCAGGCAGUGCCACUCCAGGACACGACGGACCGCCACUUUCUCUCUUUUUGCCGAAUCGCCAAAAUCAAAGCAACGUUUGCGAUCUCUGCGAGCGUCUUCGUGGACGAAGCUGCGAUUAUUCCACGCUAGACGAGAAAAGCACGGAAGGACGUCUCGAUCGAAUAACAAGACGCGGGCAACGACAAGUGGUGAAUCGUGACGUAAAUCACACCAUGAUUUCCUCCAAGAUAUCACAGCGCGACAGGUUGGUGUCUGACGCUUCCUCGACCAGCUACGUCUCCAGCGUCGUACGGUGGAGUUUGAGGCCGGAGAGAUCGUUUCGCUGGACCAGGCAGAAGCAUGCGUUAGCCUGGACGAUUUUGUUCCUAUUGGUACUCGUGCCCUCCACUUCCGCGAACCUGCAAAAGGGAAUUUCAAGAGGUUCCUCCAAAGAAGAGGGAGUGUGCCAAAGCAUAGACAUAAGAAACAGCGUGCGUUAUUUCUCAAGACUGAAGGGAUGCCGACUAGUCGAAGGCUUCGUACAAAUUUUGCUGAUCGACAACGCCGAGCCGUCGGAGUAUGCCAAUAUCUCUUUCCCGGAACUGAAAGAGAUCACCGGAUACCUGCUUCUCUAUAGGGUAAAAGGGCUGCGAAGCAUCGGUCGCCUGUUCCCUAACUUGACCGUGAUUCGAGGCCAUUCUCUGUUUAUAAAUUACGCCCUUGUCGCGUUCGAGAUGAUGAACCUGCAGGAGAUCGGGCUGCAUAGUCUAACUACCAUCGUAAGGGGUUCCGUUCGUUUCGAGAAGAAUCCCGCGCUUUGUUACGUGGACACUAUCGACUGGGACCUGAUUGCUAAGGCUGGCAAAGGAGAACACGUGAUCGCGGGGAACAAUCCGAGAAAUGGAUGCCCAGUAUGCGAGAAGCACUGUCCGCAAAGACAGACCAAGUCGGAUGAAUACUUGUGUUGGAACCAGCAACACUGCCAACAAAUCUGCGAUCGAAAGUGCGAGAACAACGCAUGCGACGAGUCGGGAACGUGUUGCCAUCCGUCGUGUUUAGGCACGUGCACUGGCCCGACGAAUCGCGACUGCGUCGUCUGCAAAGACGUGGUAACCGACAACAACGAGUGCAGGGAACAGUGCCCUAACGGUACCUUGGAAUUCAUGAACCAUCGAUGCAUCAACGAGGAGAGGUGCCUUGCAAUGCAGAAACCACGGGAAGUGUUCAACGUGAAGAACUACCCGUACAAAUCGUUCAAUGGAAGCUGCGUAAUGGAGUGUCCACCGGGCUACAUGGACGAAGAAUCAAAUGGCAAAGUGUCGUGUAAAAAAUGCGAGGGACCCUGUCAGAAAGAGUGUGCCGGAGCGAACGUGGACAGCAUCGCCUCGGCGCAGAAACUUCGCGGAUGCACUCACAUUACCGGUAGUUUAGAGAUCCAAAUUCGAGGUGGGAAGAAUAUCGUGAAAGAGCUAGAAGACAGUCUGAGCACCAUAGAAGAGAUCGACGGCUACUUGAAGAUCGUGCGUAGCUUCCCACUGAUAUCUCUCAACUUCCUGAAGAACCUACGAGUGAUACGCGGAAACGACAUCGACAACUCAAAAUACUCGUUAUUGGUAAUGGACAACCAAAAUCUACAGGAACUCUGGGACUGGAGUUUGCACAAAGAUAUUAAAAUCCUGUCGAAAGGUGGCAUAGGGAAGAUCUUCUUUCAUCUAAAUCCGAAACUGUGCUUGUACAAAAUCGAGAUGCUUCGAGAGAAGGCGGGUUUACGACCUUUUACGGAUUACGAGGUGGCGCCUAAUAGCAACGGCGACAAAGUUGCGUGUAACGUAACCGAACUGAGGACCAGGGUUGGUAAGAAGUCACCGUGGGGUGCGGUGAUCGAGUGGGAACCAUUUAUUCACCACGACGCCAGGUCUCUUCUUGGAUACGUGGUGUAUUUCAUCGAGGCGCCCAACAUGAACGUAACGAUGUACGAUGGCAGAGACGCGUGUGGUGGAGAUGGUUGGAAGGUCGAUGAUGUAUCCGCAAGUACAAAUACCACUCUGAUGGAAGGAUCCAAGUUUGGGUCUGGUCGACAGGAGAAGAACGUACACACGCAUUACUUGUCUCAGCUGAAGCCAUACACGCAGUACGCUUAUUACGUGAAGACUUACACUAUUGCCACGGAAAGGUCCGGAGCCCAGAGCAACCUAACAUACUUCAGAACGAUGCCGGAAGCUCCUAGCUCACCCAGGUCCCUUAUGACCUGGAGUAAUUCGAGCAGCGAGCUGAUCAUGUCCUGGCUGCCACCUCUUCACAAGAACGGAAACCUAACGCACUAUCGGAUCUUCGGACGAUGGGAGCCAGACGACCCUAAUUUCAUCGAUCAGAGAAAUUAUUGCGAGGAACCUCUGAUGCUGACCGAUAAGAAAGCGCUCGCAGAGGAGGAGAGGAAACGGAUAGAGGAAGAGAAAGAGCAAAUGAUACCUGAAACUGGCACCUGCGAGUGUCCUGAUCGAGAAACCGAUCAGUCUCUUCGAGAGAAAGAAGCGUCCAGCGCGAUCGAAUUCGAAGACGCUUUACACAACCAGGUCUAUAUAAAACGGAAACCGAAGAAGAAGCGCGACGUUUCGGAGAUGUCGUUCAUUCUAUCCAGGAAAACGAAAUCGUUGGAUCGAGAUCAGCCUGUAAUGGAAAAGAUCGAGAACGGAACGUACAUAGUGUUCGAGCAAUUGGUGCCCAGCAUGAAUCUCUCCUUCGUAAUGAAAAACCUACGCCACUUUGCCGCUUAUAACAUCGAGGUGCAGGCUUGCAGAGCGCAGGAAAUGAACGACACUUACAAGAAAUGCUCCACCAAAAGUAUGAGAACGUAUCGCACAUUACCCUUGGAAAGUGCCGAUAACAUUCCUCCCAACACCUUCAAGAUGAGCAUAUCCGGUGAAAAUAACAGUCUCACCAUGGUUACCCUGCAGUGGGAUGAGCCACCUCAGCCCAACGGUCUGAUCAUCACCUAUCAGAUCGAGUACAAGAGGGUUGACAUACAAAACUACAAACCGACCGUGGUGUGCAUUACGAGGCGGGACUUCACGAAGGCAGGCAACUCGUACGUCCUUAAAGAGCUUCCCGCCGGAAACUACUCCGUGAAAGUUCGAGCGACGAGUCUUGCCGGCUAUGGCGCCUAUACGCACGUAAAAUACUUCUACAUCGAGGAGAGAAACACCCUAAGUACUUUCUGGGUGAUAUUCUGGCUGUUACUUUGCGUGUUCAUCGCGGCCUUUGGCUUCGUCUCGUUCUACUUCUGUAAACGAAAAUUCUUGAGGAACGUUCCUAAUGUGACGUUGAUCGCAACCGUGAAUCCGGAGUACGUGAGCACUCCGUAUGUGUUGGACGAGUGGGAAGUACCAAGAGAAAAGAUCGAGAUGCUGAAAUCGUUGGGAACUGGCACAUUCGGCAUGGUUUACGAAGGAAUAGCUAAGGACAUCGUGAAGGGUAAACCGGAAGUACGGUGCGCUGUGAAAACGGUGAACAAGGACGCCACUGAUCGGGAGAGAAUCGAGUUUCUCAACGAGGCAUCCGUGAUGAAGGGUUUCGACGCUCAUCACGUGGUCAAGCUUCUUGGCGUGGUAACUCGUGGGCAACCAACCUUGGUCAUUAUGGAGUUGAUGGUGAACGGCGACUUGAAGAGGUACUUGAGGAGUCACAGGCCAGGCACAUGCGAGAACAUGAUUAACGCGCCACCAAAAUUAGACAGGAUACUUCAGAUGGCAAUUGAAAUCGCCGAUGGAAUGGCCUACCUCUCUACGAAGAAAUUCGUGCACAGAGAUCUGGCUGCUCGGAAUUGUAUGGUUGCGGAAGAUUUAACGGUAAAGGUGGGAGACUUUGGAAUGACGAGGGACAUCUACGAGAGGGACUAUUAUCGAAAAGGAAGCAAAGGCUUAUUGCCAGUCAGAUGGAUGGCACCAGAAAGUUUGAAAGACGGUGUUUUUAGCAGUUAUUCGGAUGUGUGGAGCUAUGGAGUUGUGUUAUGGGAAAUGGUGACUUUUGCAUCGCAGCCAUACCAAGGUCUAUCGAACGAGCAGGUUCUGCGGUACGUGAUCGAAGGAGGAGUUAUGGAACGGCCAGAGAACUGUCCAGAGUUGUUAUAUGAACUGAUGAAGCACACCUGGAGACAUAAGGCGACCAGAAGACCCACGUUUAUGGACAUCGCGAGUAUGUUGCUAAAGCACAUCGACUCGGACCGUUUCCAGAAUGUCAGUUUCUAUCACAGCGUAGAGGGAGUGGAAGCAAGGAAUCAAAACAAGUCCAACUCACCACAGAUAGAUCAGCACUUGGAACUGGCUACAUUGCAAGAUCUACAAGAAGAGGAAGUGGAAGGGGAGGAAGAUUCUCCAUUGAGGCAGGAUUUCGGCGAUUUCGCGAGCUUCGAGCCAAACAGUAUUAAGAACAGUUUCAGUCCCCGUUUCAGAAUGGAUUCAUACGGCGAGAACUCGAAAACAAACUCGAACUGCCACGACAUGAACUCAUCGAACGUGCCGUUGAAGGCCGGCUUCGACGAUUUCGACGGUGUCUCUGCAGAUUCGAUUGCCUCGGGCAAAGACGUACUAAACCUGCCAUUCGUCGAGGACAGUUUAAAAUCUGUUAAGAGUUCUCCGUUUAUAAACGCGAAGAGCACCUCGCGAAGCAACCUGAGUCAGCUAUCGAUCAGCAACAGAUCAGGGAGUCCGAAGAAUCCCAGCAAAAGAAGUUUCCUGAGCAGCCCGAAUUCUUCAAAGCUGGUCAAUCCAGAUUACGAGAAUGGUAGUCCAGAAAUUUUGUCGGCCGCGGAGAAGAGGGAAGCGGUGCCGCUGCGGGUCGACUUCCCAUCGAUGGACACCAUCAAUAUCGACAACGGUAUGGAGAAAAAGGAAAUGAAAUCACCAGUUGAGUACGUGAACAAACCGGAGACCUUAAACAAUGGCUACAUAAGUAGUACGACCACGUAGUGUUAACAUUUUCGCACCCUAAGUUCGUCGUUGCCCAAGCAACACGACGUCAAGGGUGCGACUGGAUCUACUGAAAGCGAUUUAAGAUCGCGUACGUGGACUGCUGGUGUCAGUCUCUGAACAUAGUGGUGAAAUUUAUUCGGGAGGGUCUGACACGAGACAUUGAAGAGUAUUCUGGAAUCGAACGAACCUUCGAAAGGGGCAGUGUCUGUAAGACAACUGGCGAGUCAGACUUUCCAACAAACGUUCCAAUAACUCUGCGACGCGUUUUCUACGUACAUAUGCAUGCUCACAUCGCGCCUUCGACCGAGUGGUGUUUUAAAACGGCAAGUUCCAAGUUGUAAGUCGUAUUUUAAGUCUUUAGAUGCGUUUAAAUAUGUCCUUCUUUAUCCACGACGUUGACAAAUUAUUUUCGUAGAAAACGUGAACGUCUCUUGAUUUCGUCUCUCUAAGCAUCCUAUUAUUACGUUCGUAAGAUAUAUUACAUUAUAUAUAUAAACCCGUGUUUUUUCAUUUGCGCGCAUCCGCUUGUUACAGCAGACACUGCCUUUUCACGCCGAAAGAAAGAAGCGGCUCGAAAGUGUGAGACGAAUUCGACACUGUUUUCCGAAUAGUCCGGAGAAAAGCGACGAGAACGAAACUAGCGUCCCUUUACAGGCCUGAUGAAUAACGGCCGAGGUAUGAUAAAACACGCAAUCGCAUCGAAGAUUUGCGAUUUGCGAUUCAUGUUCUGUGCAUAUAUAAAUAUGUAUAUAUACACACAUAUAUAUAUAUAUAUAUAUAUAUAUAUAAAAUAUACAUACAUAAAUAUGUAUAUACAUAUAUGUAUAUUUAUAUAUGCACACACGCGCCUGUAUAUAUAUAUAUAUAUUCCGUUAAUGCGCUUUUCUUCGUUCGAACUAAUCGUAAGGUGAAGGGAACAUCGGCUUCCUUUCGUUGACCGCGUUUACAAAUCAAAGUGGCAAUUAGGCGAGCCAGCCGAUCGGUUACGGCGGUUUUAUAUUUUACAAGAAAUAGACGCGAAUCACUGUUUUAAUUGCCACUUUGCACGACUGUAGGCUUUUACGAAUGCCAUUAUUACCGUAGAUUAGGUCGUUCGACGAUCGUUAGAGAAGAAAUAUAUGUGGAAACGAAUCGAAUAGGUAUGAAUCUUCUCGAGUUAUCCCAUAUUUUUAAAGAGAUCUAUCAACGAUAAAGUGUCAUUGUUAUUGUCAUGGACAGAUAUACGAAACCGGUUGAUACAGCUUCGUUCGUAUUCCUCUCGUUUUUAUUUCGUAUAUCGAAUGGUAAUCUUACAGGGGACGUGGUAUCCAGGGAAAUUCAACGUGUCUCCAUAUAUAUUUAUUCCUUGCGAUUUCCCCGUGGUGGCUGCGAGAAACCAGUUACCGUGGCUCGAUUCAUUCGUUCGAGGGAAAUCGGGAUUCUGAAACAGAAAUCCUCGAAAUCGUGCAAUAGAAGCAUCGCUCGCGGCCUUGCGUUCGAGCGCUGUUCGCUACCCGUUGUUCUCUCGUUUGGUGCUAACACGAGCGUGUCGAAAAAGAAAAAAAAAAAGAAGAAAGAAAAGGAAAAUGGGCGGUUAACGAACAAAGAGUUUCUCGCACUGCCGAAGGUUAAGGGAAAGAAAUCGAACAUCAGUUCAGAAGCGCGUUCCAUCGUGCUUUUGAGUUAGGCGAGAGAACGUAGACUGUUUAGCUCGAGGUGAUAGAGUCUAGGUCGAUCGAAGCGAUCGAUUUUGACGCGUGUGAAAUCGUCAAAGUACGUCGAUAGCUAGAACGUCGAGCAAACCAGAAAAAAGAGUCCACCGCCAGCGACGCGAUACCGCAGUUUGAAUUUAGAUGUUAACGAGCCUCUAACAUAAGACUGAUUAGCUAAUCACAUUUAUUACAUCCGUAUUCGCUGAGUAAGUUUACGACAUGGUAGAAGUUCCAUAUACCCUACAUACGUAUAUAUACAUAUUUUUUCAUCUCCGUAAACGUUGCCCUCUCUUUUUUUUUUCUGUUUCAUGGAGCAUUCACCACGAGACGGAUAUCGUCUCCUUUAUCUCCUCGAGACUACUUACUAUCGCUCGUACUUUGUUCCUUUCUCGCGUCCUUCGCGCGCUGCUGGAAUCGAACCGAGUGUUUCGCAAGCAGACGAAAGCGGAAGCAGAACGAAAGUCUGUUCGAGAGAUCAUCCGCGAUAUCGACGAGGCGCGAUCGAAGGAAGCGGAAAAUCGAAUUCCGUGGGAACGUGAGUUCGGUAAUCUCGACUGGUUACGCGCCUGAGACAAUUAACCAGUGUAAAGGAAAAAAACUUGAAACACGCGUUUGUCCGUUAGUCGUCCGGUGUUGGCCCGUAGAACGCGUUUCGAGAAAAAGGAAACUGGAAUUCGAUUCGUCGACGUUUACGGCGCGCGCCGUUUUCACUCGGCCAUCCUCACGGAACGCUCUCUUUGCCUUCGCGACCGAAACACCGCUACGCACUCGAUGGCCAGAAGCUAACCGCUAGAACGAGAUUCGAGCACCAGUGACCUAAUGUCAACGUACCUACUCUAUCCGCAACGCUUUGCGCAUUAUUCGUGCGUCAUAGGUCGAAGCAACGAGAAUCGUACAAAAACACGCGACAGAGCUGCGAUUCGAGAGCAAGACCGCGCGUGUUCCUGCUCGACGCGUCCGCUCGCGGACGAGAGCGCGAUCGAUAUCGAAAUGAAGAUCGAAAUCGAGAUCGAGUCGACUGUAUGUUUUCACGAGUGCGAUUUAUCUUCGUACUCGUGAUCUGUUAACGAUGCCAAACCGUGGCACCUGGCGUGAUCGUCGAUUCUUCCUCGAUUUUCGCGUCUUUCCUCGGAUUAGCCGCAUCGUCUCGUCGCGUCCAAGUGCCAACAUGUCGAAAUGUGUAUGCGCGAUUGGCCAAUGAAACGCGACGAGAGAGGACGAGAUAAAAAUCGCGAUCGCUGCAAUCGUUCUGAUCGCUCGAUCGUGUUCGAGGAUCGCUGAGAAAGCAUUUUGGCCCUUCGCAGCUCUUGCUGUUUCGCCUAACGUUUAUGGCGACUCUUGUUCUCGAAGCUGUUCCGUGGAGCGUCGAGCGAGCAGAGACUCGCAGGAUGCCAGUUCUAGGAAAGAACGGAUCGCCCGGCUUGAUUCGUCGAGAGGAUCAGCCGCGCGGUUGAUCGUUGUAUUAUAAAACAAUGUGAAGCCUCGCUCGUAUUCUAAAGUAUUUAGUGUAACUCGAAUAAACAGUUAACGCUUAGACCGUACGCAUACGUGGCGCGCGUGCAGCCGCGCGUCGUCGUAUGCAUACGGCAUUGUAAGAUUAACCAGAAAUGUUUCCUACGAAGUGACGAGUUCUCUCUAUAUCAUACAAAGUGGCUCGUGGCUCUAAAAGAAUGAAGUUUCUUAGGCCUAUAUAGUUUUGAGACCGUGUAAUAUAUAAAAUAUAUUAUAUAUAUAUAUAUAUAUAUAUAUAUUAAGGACGAAGAAUCUGGUAUUACAGAGAUAACGCGUAAGAUUAUGAGAACGACUGCGGCCGCGUGUAUCCGUUGAAAGAAGAAAACUAGAAUAAUCGUGUGUCUGUGAAGAAAAUGAUUGACUGUGAAACGACGAAUGCGUGUGUGGCUUACUUCGCGACGCAAACGCGUGAAAUCGAUGCUAGCGAUCGCAGCGAGACAGAAAUUUCAACGGGUGAUAAGCUCGUCUGGCCUGUAUCGAUAUGAUACGUAUGUACUCUGUAUCGAUCACCUAGCCGAACUGAUGCACGUAAUUUCGUUGUCACCGCGAGAACGCGAACGGCGAACUGUUUCGACGAAAGAGGAUGAGCGACCGUUCGAAGGAGACGUUUGAAAGGAACUGUUUCCACGCGAAAGCUAUCAAAAACCGUUUGAAAAUUCGUCGAUGGUUAAACGUUGACAGUUGGACCUAUCGUACACGUUCAACAGAUUCGGCUGAACGAUAAGUAAAUUCAUUCCUCGAUUCCUUCUCGGCGCCUCUUGUUUUCCAACACUCGCGUUCAUUCGUAGGAAAUGUUCUCUCCUCAGACGAACGCGUCUAAUCGCUCGCCAUUUUCUAAAGGAUCCGAGUUCGAUUUGGCGCGCUCUGUUUCCGUUUCCAGCGAUUUUUUACCCGUUUUUUCCUCUCCGUCUUUUUUUCUAUGUUUAACACUAUGGUUAAACGUUUUCGUUAACGUUUGCAUUUCGUCUAUUUUUUUUUUUUCUUCGUUGUCUUUUUGGGACCGAUUCGCGAUAAUACGUCUACUUUCGCGGAAAACAUAGCAGCGUAAUUUAAGUAACACACCGAGGACUGCCCUCUUGUUCCUAUUCCAUAUCCUUUCUUUUUACUCUUAACACUGCAAUUUACGUACGAUUAGUCAUGUACAUACAUAACACGAGUAACCUAAGAUUUUCUUGUAUUUACGUUUAGAUUUUUAGGUAAAGAUAACACAUUUGACUUGAAACAAAAAUUUCGAUUCCGACAACACCUUCCUUCGGAUUUAUCUUCGACUGUAACUCGUUUAGUAUUCUUUUUCGACACCUUUUUUUUCUCCCUCCCUCUCUUUCUCUUUCUCUUUUUAACAUAAUCUCGCGUUUGUUCGCGUACGAAACUGCCUCUUAGUUAGUUCUGGCCAAAAGACAACGUUUUCUCUCACGACUGCUCAAUGUUAGAUUGCUCAAGCUCUGGUCUGAUCUGUAGUUAGCGUGAAAUCAAUCAGGGAAAUAUUGUCACAAGUCCUCCGUGCCGAGAAUCGCAUUGACGACAACAGUGCACAAAAGAAGGAAGAGGAAAUCGAACGAGAAAGGAAAUUCCACGCAUAUUCCUUGAAAAAAUAAUAAUAGUCUCUUUCUCUCCCUCUGUUUCUUUCUCUCAUAUUCCUCUCGUACAUACACGCGUUUCAUUUUACUAUUUUUAUUCCCGUGCUCCUAUUAUUUUUCGAAAUCAUUUUUCGUUCCCUCUUGUUUAUCUCUUUUCCUGUCUGUUCUUGAAAACUUUUACUCGCGUAUCUGCGAUACCACCAUAUACGUUUAACGCCCUUCUAGAGGAAAAAAAGAAUGAAGAAGAAAGAAACACUGACACCGACUUCCUCGGAGAAACCACUAAUUUUUAUAUAGGGAUCUUGUAAACGAAGUUUUUCUACGCUGACCGUAUUUUGCAUAAGGAUAAAAAAAGAAAAAAAAAAAGAAGAAAAGAAAAGAAAGAAAAGAAGUCAAAAGAUAUUUUAAAAUAUCACGUAUUGUUAAUCCGACUGUUAGAAUUACCGUAUUAUUAGUAUUGUUACGUUUAAGCCCGUAAAAGGAAAAAAAAUGCAAAAGAAGAAAAUGAUCAAUACGAACGCAAGCAUGUUUCGUUUUGCCCUGUAGGGCGUUGUAGGAACGAAUGUGACCUCGUCCAACGAUUCUCGUUCCCGAUCGACGCACCACGAGAUCGAUGAUCGUUCGAUGACCGCGUCGUCGUUCGUUCGUUCAAUUUGUUCGUCGAACAAAACUGGUGAACGUUUUUUCCUAUUAUUUAUUUUUUUUGUAUAUACAUUAUUGUCGUAUUUAUUUGUCAAUAAAGAGCUUGCGAUGCGCGGAUACAAAGAUGCUUUCAUCAUCGGCCUUUACCUUCUACACACACGUCCGAUAUCGGUUAUCGACACGUUCAAACGGUUACGCUCGUUCGUUGUACAGAGUGUUCAGUAAGAGUGGCGCUACGACCGAACAAGCAACGAUUCGCCGUGGAAAAAGUAAGUCGAAAUUGAAAAAUAAAGUUUUCGCGUAUGAGGCUUCGUUUUCGAGAAAUACGAUUUUGAAAAUCCACUUGCCUCCGGUGUAUCGAGUCGAAGUUUCAACUUGGCUUCUGUUUCUGCUCGUGUUUGUAUCUAUAAAUAUCGGCAAUAUCAUUGUCUGCUUCUUAUCGUUACGUAUCGUACUUUCUAUCGAACUGUAUUAUGUAUAGUUUCUUUUAUUGCGUUUGAUUCGAACGAUUUCAUAAAUAAGAAUAGAACCGUGUAUUAGCUUUAGACAAUUAAUUUUAUUCGCGUAGAAAUUGUUCGGAAUAUCGUCCAUAACGUCUUAUACGCAGCUCUGCUUUUCCAACUAAAUUAUAGUUGUUGUAACGUACGAUUUAUAUCUUUAGUUUCUCAAGAACAGGAACAGUGAUUGCUUCUGCUUGCUGCAUACUCUCAAGUCAAUUUAACCAGAUAAAGACAAACGUACCGUGCAAACACUUCAAAUCGUUUUCCUUACAAACGAAGGUUCGUACGCGAAAGCUUUGUUCUAUAUGUUCGGCUUAUCUUUUCAUGACGAACCGUUCCUUGUUCGGUUGUACCACCAGUCAUCGGGCACGAUCUACGAAUAGAUGGAAAACAGAAACGAAAUUGGAGGAAAUAUUUAUUUACGCAGACCCGGCAAAUUGCACGAUGUGUUCCUCGUUGUUCCUAUUAUCGUCAAUAUUUUACGUUAUCUGGUCGAUUAUAAAUAAUAACCGCACGAUAGAGACGGUAAUCAUUGAUAGGUGCUCAACUACCGCUAACGACAAUAGAAGAAAAAUCCGAUUGUUAGAUCGUUAUAGAUAAAUAGAACGUCCUAGAGAUUUUUUGAAAAGUUUCAAUUCCGAGAAAAGAAAUGAGAUUCCAACGAGAGCUGGCGUCCGAAGAGCGACAAUAUCGUGAUCAUCGGUACGCGCAUCGGUCGCCGUGUGAUUAUAUCGGCAAAAUACCGUGCGAUGUCAUUUCCAACCAGUCCUUGGUGCCGUAUGGCCUACUCGCGAAGAAAAUUCCUUUUCGGGACGGUGACGUACAAUGAGCGGCUGAAUUACGAUCGCGGGACACGCCUGGUUUCGUAACCUCGUCGAUUUUGCGCCACUGUUUCCAGACACCUUGAUUUUUCCCCUUUCUCGAUAAUAUGCUGCACUUGAAAAUGUACAUAUGUACGCGAACAUCUUUUCUCGUUUCGCAAACCGAUUCGAAACACGUAGCUGAUGAUAGGCGGCCGAAUUUUAUAUUCGAAGCGAUUCGCGGUUUUUCACCGCACUGUAGCAAAUUCGGAUCGUUUCUGAACGUUAUUCGAAGCUUGGAACCUUUCAACGUUCUCAAGAGUCUUUACGAUUUGGAUACGUUUUGCGAAUAUUGCGAGUUUCGGAUGUCUUGGAAGUCUUGCAACUCGAAAUAUUAACAUUCGUGGGUAUUCGUUGCAAACUACGAAAACGAAUAGUGGAAAUAAAUACGUCUACAAUUGGAAGAUUUUAAACUUUCAUUGAGAGUGUCUUUAGAUUAUCAAUGUAUAUUGUCGAUAUUUCAACUUCAGUUCUCAACUAACUUAUUAUUGUAAAUUUAUCAGUGUGUAUCGUUAAUAUUUAUUGACAAACUACGUUUUUGUUAGGAACUUUGAAAUAUCGAUAAUAUAAGGAGACACUUUUAAUUCAUCGUGUGAAUAUACGGCUUGGACAAAAUGUUUGCAAGAUAAUAAAUAUAAUAUUUACCAAGCUCUCGAAACCUAUCGAAAUUCUUAAGACUUUCAAAACGUUCGAACCUUCCAAGAUUUUUAAAGCUUUCAAGACACCUAAAACUUAAUCAAGACAUAAGAAUUCCAAGCUUCGAGUUACGCGCGAAACGAAUCGAAUUUUUCGUUGCAUAUAUGGAUUCGAAGCGAUUGCAAAUGUGUCAGAUCUCGUGGCUAUAUGUGGCGAACGAUCAGGUAUUAAAAUAGCAACAACUCUCUUCUAUUCGCACGACGACGUGCAGAUUUGAAAGCGGAGAAUCAUUUAUAUUCGGGAUUUUUCACGAGACGUUUUUGUCGAACAUAAUGCACGACGUGCUUUCACUAUCGUUCUCGCUGCGACGAAAAGAAAGUGCUGUAACCCGUCCCCGUUGCGAAAAUCACCCUGUAGCACAUCGUUCGACCGAUCCAUAGGUAUACACCGAUCGAACGUUAUCGAUCGAUAAAUCAAUCCCUUUUGACGUGCCACGUUGUCAAGCCAGGAAGAAACAUACGAUUGUUCGUAACGAGCCGUUAUUCUUCGAUAUCGAAUAGAAGGAAAAAAGGUGGAGGAAUGUUACUAAUCACCGUAAUAAUUGUAAUUGUAAUGCUCGACGUUGGAAAAAAAAAAAGAGAAAUCGAGACGGACGACGGAAGCUUUUAUUCCAUUCGCAAUCCCGCCGCCUCGUGUGUCCGACUACCCCGUUAACUGUAAUUUACUAUUACGAUUAUACGUUACGCUAUACGCAAAAUGGAGACAGAAUUUUAUUUACCAAAUACGAGUUUUUUAAUAAAACACUUUUUUGUGAAAGAUACAAA